CUCCUCUCUCCCUCCGCCGUUGAGUCUGGAACGCGUGGAACGGUGAACUUCCAAAGGACUGAGAAACAGAGCAGAGUUAACUCGGUACCCCUGUGCGUAUGAAAGGCCCGAGCGAACAAGCAACAUGGGCAACGUACAGUCCCUCACGCGCACAACCGGCGCGCUGGACUCAUUUGUGGCCGAGCUUGGAGGCGACAUGGUGUAUGAGCGGAGUAUGGGCUCUGCCCGCUUCCUCAAGACAGUAAAGUGCCGACACAGGAACGGCUACCUGGUAGUCAAGAUCUUCGUGAAACCGGAUCCUGGACUUAGUCUGCGGAAGUACCACCGGCGACUGAAGGUUGAGCGCGAAGCAUUGGCCGACCUUGUCAAUGUCUACAACUACCAGGCGUUUGUGGAGACAGACAAGGCUGGAUACAUCAUCCGGCAAUGGAUCGCGAGCAGCCUCUACGAUCGCAUUAGCACGCGCCCGUUCCUCAGCCUGGUCGACAAGAAAUGGAUCGCGUUUCAGCUACUCCACGCCCUCCGAGAUGCGCGCAACCGGAAGAUCCCCCAUGGCGACAUCAAGUCUGAGAAUAUACUCGUGACCUCUUGGAACUGGGUGUAUCUCACCGACUUCGCGUCAUACAAGCCGACUUACUUACCCUUGGACGACCCGUCUGAUUUCUCGUUCUUCUUCGACACCAGUGGCCGGAGAACAUGCUAUGUCGCCCCCGAACGAUUCUACACUGCGACAGAGAACCCGGAGAUUAGCGCAAAGAAGAGCAGGCUGGCGAUGGAGGACGGCGAGGGCAGGAGGGAUGGCAGAGUCACGGAGGCGAUGGAUUGCUUCAGCGCCGGAUGCGUUAUCGCGGAACUCUUCCUUGAAGGCUCGCCGCUCUUCACGCUCAGCCAGCUGUUCAAAUAUCGCGAGGGAGAAUUGAGCGUGGAGUCCCAGUUAAGCACGAUAGAUGAGCCGGUGAAGAACCUCAUCAAACAGAUGAUAGCUAUCGACCCCGCCGUCAGGCCGUCAUUCGACACGCUCCUCCACACGUCCCGUGGAACUGUGUUUCCCGAGUCCUUCUACUCUUUCUUUCACAACUACGUCUCCUCCAUUAACGAACUCUCCGGCCCGUCUCCGUUCGUAGCGAACGCGGCCCCUACGGUGCCGCCCACCCCAGCAAGCGCCACCGUCAAGAGUCCCCAGGCCGUCACGUCGCAGGCGAUCCCCGGCGCCUCGGCUGGAGACGUAUCGAACGAGCCCCUCCCCAGCGACUCGGACCGCCGCAUGGAGAAAAUAUGGAGCGACUUCGAGAGCGUCGAGCCGUUCUUGGCCGUAGACGCAGCGGAGGAGACUGUCAUGGAUGUCAAGGUUGACUACAUGCCGUCAAUGAGUUCGUCCAAGCCGUUCCAGGACAUACUACCAGUGGAGUUGUACAUUCCCAAUCGGGAGAGCAAGGCCGGCAAUCCGUUGUCUGCGGCUAGACGUACCGCCGCCGCAGAAGAUGGUCCAGCCCUCAUUGUCCUCGCGCUCGUCUCGGGAAACAUCCGCAACUGCACUCUCCCUAGUUCGAAGCUACGAGGCUUGGACAUUCUUCUGGCGCUCUCACCGUACCUCACCGACGAGGCGAAGCUAGACAGGAAGGUCCCCUACGUGGUUGACCUACUGCACGACGAUGCGGCCAUCGUUCGCGCAGCCGCGAUGCGUACGCUCAUGCAAAUCCUCAUGCUCGUCACCGUCAUCACGCCCUCCAACGCGGCGAUCUUCCCCGAGUACAUCAUCCCAGCCGUCGCUCACCUAGUCCGUGAUCCGGAGGUGUCCGUGCGGUGCAUGUACGCACAAUGCAUCGUGUCUCUCGCCGAUACGGCCGUUCGGUACCUCGAGAUGGGACAGGCGUUGAAGGCGCAUGGCUCAUAUAAGCUCUCGCCUGACACGCAAGAAUACGACGAGGCGCAUUUCGAGGUGUCGUAUGACGCAAGCAUGCAAGAGCUCCAGAACAGCAUCCAGGAGCAUCUCUCUGCGCUCCUCGUUGACCCUUCUAGCAUCGUGAAGCGUGCGGUGCUGCACAACAUAUCCUCUCUUUGCAUAUUCCUCGGGCGACAGAAGACCAACGACGUGCUACUCAGCCAUAUGAUCACGUACUUGAAUGAUCGUGAUUGGUUACUGAGAUAUGCGUUCUUCGAUUGCAUUGUCGACGUGGCCGCGUGCGGAGAAGGAAGGAGCCUAGAGGAGUAUAUCCUGCCAUUGAUGAUCCAGUCGCUGUCAGAUGUGGAGGGUGCUGUUGUCGCGAAGGUUCUUGCGGCAUCGACCAGUCUAUGUGAACUGGGCCUCUUCCAGAAAAUGCGCAUCUGGGAGCUCAUGAGCGCAACUCUCGGUUUUCUGUAUCAUCCCAACAGUUGGAUUCGACAAGGUCCGAGCGGCCGCUUUUAUCGCUUCUGCCGCGAAACACCUGCCCCCAGCGACGUCUGGUGUAUCUUGUACCCAUCGCUGAAGCAUCUUCUGCGCUCGGACAUACGAGACGUCGACGAGCGCAGCUUACUUCUUGCUAUGAAGCCACCACUGUCCCGCCAAGUGUUCGACGCAGGGGUUCAAUGGGCCAUGAAACCGGAGAAGUCAUUAUUUUGGCGGACUCAUCGCGGGUCGAAGUCCGAAUCUCCUAGGGACAGCCUCGCUACUGUGCGGGGUUCGGGCACUGUUGGAACCCGAGGCAAGACUGAAGAGUGGGUGUUCCUCAUUACUCGCAUCGCCAGCGAGGUACGUCCUACAGGCCACCAUUUGCGUCGGAUGAGUCUGAUCGCCACUAGCUAUGCUUCACGCGUAAGCGACGAGGGCGAUGCCGAGCAACUCAAGACGAUCGUUGGUAUUGAACUGCAGAAAUUGGGAGUCGUUCCUCAGACCGUGUUCCUGAGGGGACCGCGCUCGGUCUCGAAGCACGGCUCGUACUCGGACCUACAUGCGAGGUCGCCCGUCCUUGGGACACCACGGUCUGGUCGGACUUUCAGCAUGGAUUAUACGGCCACAGCAGCAGGAGCACCCUUCGAAGACCUACGACGACGACUCGCUAUCAUCAAUGGAUCAGCUACCUCUGUCAACGCGACAAGCCCUCGUGAGGCACGUAGUCCGACCAUGCCUUCGCUUGACCAUGCUAUCCUGCCUUCCUCCGCGUCUGGUGACGUGCCACGUUCUCCCGCACGACCAGGCAGUCCGACUGAAUCCAUCAUUUCCAUCACCAACCCCUCUGCAUCACGGCCCAUGCGCAUCGGUAGCAUUGACGGUCAAAAGGCAGCGCCUGCGAUAGGAUCGUCUCGAGCCAAUGCCACUGGUUUACUGGACGCGCAUGCGUAUGCCCGGUCGGAUGCAUCGCCGGAGCGAUCUGGAAGGACAUCGCCUCUAUCAUCAGCCCUGACGAUACGGCCUCAGGAUAAGCUCCGACCUCCAUCGCUGACACCAAUAUCGACUUAUGAUGGCCAGGAGUACGGUCUGAGUAACCUGCUCGAGCAUAUCUAUAUGGACAACACGCGAGAGCUUCAGAAUGACUUCGGGCCUCAUGUCCAUGAAGGCGCAGUGAGGCGCCGUAACGCAGCGAGGCACAGCUUCAUGUCUAGAGAGGGGGCUCCUCGUCGACCGGAAACGACGCUCGUCGCGCAUUUGAGCUCUCACAACGAUGCCGUCACCGGCAUAGCCGUCUCUCCGGACCAUAUGUUCUUUGUCUCUGCGUCGGACGACAAGACACUGAAAAUAUGGGAUACUGCGCGCUUGGAGAGGAAUGUCACCAGCAAACCCCGGCAGACAUACGCACAGCACCACGCAAAAGUGAAGUGCAUAUGUAUUCUCGAGGGGCUUCACUGCUUUGCGAGCGCUGCCGAUGAUGGGAGUUUACAUAUUGUACGAGUCCACGUCACGCAGAGUGGCAGUUUGCCGAAGUACCACAAACUGCAGCUCAUCCGCGAGCAUAGGCUCGACCAACCCGGAGACCAUAUCACUUGCAUGGCGCACUUCAUGACAGACACGUCUUCGAGCUUGAUUUAUGCGACAACGCAUUGUACGAUCUCUAUACUUGAUCUCCGCACCAUGAGACAGCUGCAGAAGAUGGAGAAUCCGCGACAUCACGGCCCGAUCACUUGCCUGUGUCUGGAUCGCAGGCAUGCUUGGGUAGUCUGCGGCACGUCCACUGGAGUUCUCUCGCUUUGGGACAUCAGGUUUGGCAUCCUCAUCAAGAGUUGGAAGGUGGGCGCUGCACUGAAGGGCAGGCAAGCGAAAGUGUACCAAUGUGUCAUUCACCCGGUGAAAGGCAAGGGAAAAUGGGUCAUGGUGACAUUAGAGGCGCGAGAUUCUUCAGGGUCUCAUGUCAUCCUGGAGGUCUGGGACAUCGAGAAGUCUGCGCUAGUGGAAGUGUUCGUCACCAGGACAGUCACAAAUGCGGCAGAUGAACUGCGAGAACCUUAUGACGCCGUUGGAGAAGACGCUGAAGCAAGCCCAGCAGCAGCGAUAGCUGCCCUGGUGCGUACUCGCCAGGAGAAUGGAGGCAUACUGGAGUCUUUCGCACACCGAGGGUCCCAGAGGGCACCGGGUCUGUCCGACUCCCCAGACGCCGUGUCUCCGGAUAUUUGCACAGUUGUAGUGGGAACUGAAUUUGGCGGGCAUGCCGCAGUUCGUUCAACAAUGGCGGACCAGGAUGGCCGUGCAAGCCGCUCGGGUGGGAGAGGGUAUAUGUUGAGUGGCUCAGAGGACCGCAGAAUACGCUACUGGGAUCUCGCCCGAGUAGAACGUUCUGCGGUGCUUACUGAUAUGGAUGCGGACAACGAUAAACCAAGCUACAGUGUACUGCCUUCGGCCUCCAGCUCUGCGCCUUCCCGCGUAGUUGAGACGUGGACAUCUCCGUCGACAAGUCAUAGCAUCAAUCGUCCUCCGCAGCGACUCUCGUUGAUCAGCCACAAUCAACACAGUCUUCUCCGAGGGCAUCAGGAUACUGUCACGGCUCUUGCUUGCAUUGACUCUCCUUUCCGUGGAGGUAUUGUGAGCGGGGAUCGUUCAGGAGCAAUGAAAGUUUGGAGAGUGGAAGGGUUAGAUCUAUCAUGACCUAAUAGUAUCUUGUUGUAGCCUUAGUCUUUUUGCGUCGCUUGGAUUAUCGGAUUCUUUUCGCUGCAUUGCACCCCACGCCAGAGGAAUGAAU